CAGAGAACAGAGUUGGUGACAGUGGCGAACUCUGACGCAGGAAAUAGCCAAACGAARAAGUGAUGGCUGCAACACAUAGAGCUCUACAUCCUUACUGGCCACGAGACCUUGUGAUACCCACCUAUGUGGAAAACGACCGGUCCAUGUCAGAGAUUCUGUUUUUUCUCUUUUCUGUGUCCGGAGUGUUUCUGCUCGUGACCUGGCUGAUCACUGGGACCACCGGMAGGCUGGGCACCUGGAGGCGUCUGGCUUUGUGCUGGUUUGCAGUUUGUGGUUUCAUCCACAGUGUCAUUGAGGGCUGGUUUUCACUGUACUAUGMUAUUCUGCCAGGAGAUCAGAGCUUCCUGUCACAGCUGUGGAAAGAGUACUCCAAGGGAGACAGCAGAUAUGUAAUAGCUGAUAACUUUACUGUUUGUAUGGAGUCCGUGACUGCUUGGCUUUGGGGACCAUUCAGCUUUUGGGCUGUGUAUUCUUUUUUAACCAAUAAGCCUUACAGAUUUGUUCUGCAGCUCAUCAUUUCAUUAGGGCAGCUGUAUGGAGCAGUGCUUUAUUUCUUCACAGAACACAGAGACGGCUAUGCUCACAGUGAGUUAGGACAUCCUGUCUACUUCUGGUUCUACUUUGUGUUCAUGAACGUGCUGUGGGUUGUCRUUCCCCUGGCGCUCAUCAUGGAUGCGUGGAGACAGCUAUCAGCAGCUCAGACACACACCGAUAGCUCAAAGGCACACAAGAAUAAAAGGAACUGAACACGCCCUGUAACUGCAGGGCACAAAGUUUGUGAUAUUAAAAAAAACUUCUUUUUUUUUUGUUCAGCCAUAUUGUUCAUGUUUUCUUAUAAACUUGACUGUCAAAUCUUUGUCAGCAAACAAAGAGUUUUAUUUUUGCUGCAAGUAUUUUUCUGAAUAAAAUURUAUUCACAUUG